AUGGCUACAAGUCUGAGGACCUUUAGAGUCCUCGCUCGCCCGGCGACGAGAUGCUGCAACCGCGCCACAGUUUCAAUCCCCGCCAUCAGCCUCCACUCAAGACAUCACUCCUCCAAGCACCCUGCGGGCUUUGAGCCUCCGACGUCCGAGGAUCUUUCUGAGCUGCGAGAACGUGUGCAGGAUUUCACCCGCCGCGAGAUCCCCGAGGAGUUGGCGGCUCACACAGACAAGACCAAUGCGUUCCCCAACGAGAUGUGGAAGAAGAUGGGAGACGCGGGUCUGCUGGGCAUCACCGCCGACGAGGAGGUUGGCGGGCUCGGCAUGGGAUACCAGGCGCACUGCACGGUCAUGGAGGAGAUCUCCCGGGCGUCCGGAAGCAUAGGACUGAGCUACGCGGCCCACUCGCAGCUGUGCGUCAACCAGAUCCAGCUCAACGGGUCGCCGGAGCAGAAGCGCAAGUACCUCCCCGGGCUCAUCUCGGGCGACCUGGUGGGCGCGCUGGCCAUGUCCGAGUCUGGGGCGGGCAGCGACGUGGUGAGUAUGCGCACCACGGCCAAGAAGGUCGACGGCGGCUACGUCCUCAACGGCAGCAAGAUGUGGAUCACUAAUGGGCCUGACGCCAACCUCAUCGUCGUCUACGCGAAGACGGAGCCCGACAAGGGCUCCAGGGGCAUCACGGCGUUCCUCGUCCAGACGGACUACAAGGGCUUCAGUUGCGCCCGGAAGCUGGACAAGAUGGGCAUGCGGGGCAGCAACACGGGGGAGCUCAUGUUCGACUCCGUCUUCGUCCCGGACGAGAACGUCAUGGGCGACGUCAACGGCGGGGUGAAGGUCCUCAUGGAAGGGCUGGACCUGGAGCGCCUCGUGCUGAGCUCGGGUCCUCUGGGCAUCAUGCAGGCGGCCCUGGACGUCGCCCUCCCCUUCACGCACCAGCGCAGGCAGUUCAACCAGCCGAUCGCGCACAACCAGCUCGUUCAGGGCCGGCUGGCGGACAUGUACACCAAGCUGCAGGCCUCGCGGUCCUACACGUACACGACGGCCAAGGCGGUGGACGAGCAGGGGCUGAUCCGCACGCAGGACUGCGCGGGCGCCAUCCUGUACGCGGCCGAGCGGGCGACGGAGUGCACGCUGGACGCGAUCCAGCUGCUGGGGGGGAUGGGAUACAUGGAGGAGAUGCCGGCAUCGCGGCUGCUUCGGGACGCGAAACUCUAUGAGAUUGGGGCAGGAACAUCGGAGAUUCGGAGGAUGGUGAUUGGGCGGGCGUUCAAUAAGGAGUAUGCCAACGCUUGA